CACGUGAUUCCCCCUCUCUACACCGUCUGUUCCCUGAGCUUGGUGCUUACCAGCGUGUUCUCCCUCUGGAUGGCCGUGUGUUUGCACUCAGCUCGGAGUUUGCUGCUGGAUCCUAAUGCCUGACCCCCUCGCUCCGGCUCUCUGGAUGCAGACUUUCAGCAGAGCAGUUUUUUUUGUAUUGCAGACUUUGGGGCCAAUGGGUUUCUAAGCCGACUGGCUGGGGCGCCUCAGAAGAAACAAUAAUGGAACAGAAAUAAUUUCCUCCUCUCACCCUCAAACCCCUUUACUCUCUUCAAAUAAUCAACCCUGCUCUCCCUGCCCCCCCAAUCGAAACAACAAAAAAAUCUUAACACGUCUGUUAGACGGAAGAUGCAGAAAAGUAUCAGGUUGAAUGAGGGGCACGCUGUGUAUUUAGCUCUGGUUGCGCGGAAAGAGGGGACGAAACGCGGCUACCUGAGCAAGAAGACAGCGGAGAACAGCAAGUGGCACGACAAGUGGUUCGCCCUCUACCAGAAUGUGCUCUUCUACUUUGAGAACGAGCAGAGCAGCAAACCCUCGGGGAUUUAUCUGAUCGAAGGCUGCACUUGCGAGAGGGUCCCGUCCCCCAAGCCACCGCCAAUGGGCAAGGAGACGCUGGAGAAACAGCAUUACUUCACCAUAAAUUUUGGCCAUGACGGACAUAAACCAUUGGAGCUCAGGAUUGAGGAGGAGGCUGACUGUGAGACGUGGGUGGAUGCUAUUCAACAAGCCAGUUACUGUGAUCUUCUAAUUGAGCGUGAGGUACUGAUGCAGAAGUAUAUUCAUCUGGUUCAGAUAGUGGAAACGGAGAAAAUUGCAGCACAUCAGCUCCGGCAGCAACUUGAAGAUCAAGACACAGAGAUUGAGAGAUUGAAAGCUGAGAUUGUUGCUGUGAACAAAACAAAAGAACGGAUGCGACCUUACCAAGGAAAUGCCGAGGAUGAAGACCCAGACAUUAAAAAGAUUAAAAAGGUUCAGAGUUUCAUGAGGGGCUGGCUGUGCCGACGAAAAUGGAAGACAAUUGUACAGGACUACAUUUGCUCUCCACAUGCAGAGAGUAUGAGGAAAAGGAACCAAAUUGUCUUUAACAUGGUGGAAGCAGAAUCAGAGUACGUCCAGCAGUUGUAUAUCCUGGUGAACUGCUUUCUAAGGCCCCUACGGAUGGCUGCCAGCUCAAAGAAGCCCCCAAUCAGUCAUGACGAUGUCAGCAGCAUUUUUCUCAACAGUGAAACAAUCAUGUUCCUUCACGAGAUAUUUUACCAAGGAUUAAAAGCGCGGAUUGCCAACUGGCCGACACUGGUGUUAGCUGACUUAUUUGACAUUCUACUACCAAUGCUGAAUAUUUAUCAAGAGUUUGUCAGGAACCACCAGUACAGUCUGCAGGUAUUAGCAAACUGUAAGCAAAACAGGGAUUUCGACAAGCUGCUGAAACAGUAUGAAUCAAACUCGGCAUGUGAGGGGCGGAUGCUGGAAACCUUUCUCACAUAUCCCAUGUUCCAGAUCCCACGGUAUAUAAUCACACUGCAUGAACUCCUGGCGCACACACCAUAUGAGCAUGUGGAAAGAAAAAGCCUGGAAUUUGCAAAAUCGAAACUGGAAGACCUUUCAAGGGUAAUGCACGAUGAAGUGAGUGACACAGAAAAUAUUAGGAAAAAUCUUGCAAUAGAACGAACAAUUGUGGAAGGAUGUGACAUAUUGUUGGAUGCAAGUCAGACAUUUGUACGACAAGGUUCCCUCAUACAGCUCCCAUCAGUGGAGAGAGGAAAGCUUGCCAAGGUUCGUUUAGGCUCCCUUUCUUUGAAGAAAGAAGGAGAGAGACAGUGUUUCUUGUUCACAAAACAUUUCUUAAUCUGCACAAGAAGUUCGGGAGGAAAACUGCAUCUCUUGAAGACUGGAGGUGUGAUUUCCCUGAUAGAUUGCACCCUAAUAGAAGAACCUGAUUCAAGUGAAGAUGAGUCAAAAGGCUCUGGUCAGGUCUUUGGGCAUCUCGAUUUCAAGAUUGUGGUUGAAUCUGCCGAUGCCCCACCAUUCACAGUUGUACUGCUAGCUCCAUCCAGACAGGAAAAAGCUGCAUGGACCAGUGACAUAAGCCAGUGUAUAGACAACAUACGAUGCAAUGGUCUAAUGACCAGUGUGUUUGAGGAAUAUUCAAAAGUUACUGUGCCUCAUAUGAUUAGAUCUGAUAUCCGACUUCAUAGCGAUGAUAUGGAUAUCUGUUUCAGCAAGACGCUGAACUCCUGUAAAGUGCCACAGAUCCGCUAUGCCAGUGUUGAGAGAUUGCUGGAGAGACUGACUGAUCUACGUUUUCUUAGCAUUGACUUCCUCAAUACCUUUCUGCACACCUAUCGAAUAUUCACGACUGCACUGGUUGUCUUGGAGAAACUGACAGACAUCUACAAAAGACCUUUCACAUCCAUCCCUGUCAGGUCACUGGAACUGUUUUUUGCAACUAACCAAAGCAACAGAUCUGAGCACAUGAAUGACGGAAAGUCUCCAAGACUGUGUCGGAAAUUUUCUUCGCCUCCUCCACUGUCUCUUUCUCGAACAUCCUCUCCUGUCCGAACUCGGAAGCUUUCACUCAGUUCCCCUGUGAAUUCUAGAAUAGGAGUCCUUGAUCUUUCCACAUCCUCCACAUCUAGUACUUCUACUUUUGCUUAUAGCCCAGCUACCUCUCCACCUCCCCUAGCAAGCAAAACCCCACUGGAUCUGAGCAAAGGUUCCUCAUCCCCAGAUCAGUGCCCUCUGUCCACAGAGGAAAAUUCAGAGCAUCCCCGCAUUGACAUAUGCAGCAAGUUAAGAAGAAGCAUCAGGAGAGGGCUACGGCAGAAAUAUUAUAUUAGAAACAUUCCCCUCAGCCAGCAGCUGCUAAGACUCAAUGUUCAAUCUGGUGUGAUGGGACCUGGCUGCAGGGAAAUGGACAAUGUACGAUGUUCUGUGUCUCCGACUUCAGCAUUUGCCAUUGCCACAGCUGCAGCAGGACAUGGGAGUCCACCAUCUGAAAAUUCCGGGGUGCAGGAAAAGUUUAGACGAGUUUCAAUGGGAGGAUUUAACAACUCAGAGCGCAUGUGUGACAAAGAAUUUAUAAUACGUAGGGCCGCUACAAACCGUGUUUUGAAUGUACUUCGACACUGGGUUUCCAAGCACACUCAGGAUUUCGAGAUGAACAGUGAACUGAAAUCCAACAUUGUAAAUUUAUUAGAGGAAGUGAUGCGUGACCAUGAUCUCCUGCCCCAAGAAAGGAAAGCAACAGCCAACAUUUUAAGUGUGCUUUCACAAGAUGAGUUGGAUGAUCCUCAGCUGCGGAUGGAAGUUUUAAUUCAGAUGACAGAUGGCCCCAGAAUGGAAACCUUUGAGACGCUAUCAGUCAUGGAAAUAGCUGAGCAGUUAACGCUCCUCGAUCAUAUUGUUUUCAGAAGCAUACCAUAUGAGGAGUUCCUUGGCCAAGGGUGGAUGAAACUUGAUAAAAAUGAACGGACGCCGUCCAUCAUGAAGACGAGUCAGCAUUUUAAUGAUAUGAGUAACCUCGUUGCUUCUCAAAUCAUGAUGCAUGCUGAUGUCAGUUCACGCACGGUUUCCAUUGAGAAAUGGGUGGCAGUGGGAGAUGUUUGCCGAUGUCUGCAUAACUACAAUGGAGUCCUUGAGAUCACAUCAGCCCUGAACAGGAGUGCUAUCUAUAGACUGAAGAAAACCUGGGCAAAGGUUUCCAAACAGACCAAAGCUCAAAUGGACAAGCUCCAGAAAAUCGUCUCUUCAGAAGGAAGAUUUAAAAACCUAAGAGAAACACUGAAAAAUUGUAAUCCACCAUGUGUUCCAUAUCUCGGGAUGUAUUUGACUGAUCUAGCAUUUAUAGAAGAGGGUACCCCGAAUUUUACUGAAGAAGGUCUUGUAAACUUUUCCAAAAUGAGAAUGAUAUCGCAUAUUAUCAGGGAGGUGCGACAGUUCCAACAAACACCAUACAGAAUAGAUCAUCAACCAAAGGUCAUUCAAUACUUACUUGACAAAUCAAUUAUUAUGGAUGAAGAUACAUUGUAUGAGCUGUCGUUAAAAAUUGAACCCAGGCUCCCUGCAUGAGAACCAGUAAUUCUGUGGCUGCAAAGUUUCGGCAGCUUAGCAUGACAACCCAGAGUGUACAUGGCGUGCUGCAUGGAGUGUGACUUAUUUACCCAGGGUAAAUGUGAGUUUUCCUAAAAGAAAGAUGGAACCUUUCAGGAAGAUGGCUUAACACGCAUUGGAAGAUGGAGAACUUCUGCUUGGGUUGAAAGAUUAAGGUCAUUCAUAACUAGAAAACAUGACACUUAUGAAGGAGCAUAAUUUCUGCAGAUUGAAAAAAAAUUGAAGUUAAGUUAAAAUGAAAGUCAUUGCUUUUAAAUUAUUAAAAAAAAACACGUUAUAGUUUGCACACACACACAAAAUGGCAAGCAUUUGAGGUAACUGUUCAUCUGGAAGUCUGGACAUUCAAUGUGAUACAAUCUGUUUCCUUCCUAGGAACUGUUUUAAUAGCAAGCAACUUGACUAGCUGCUGGUAGGCAUUUGCUAUUCAGAGACUGGUGCUUGCUAUAAGAUACGAAAACUGAAGGACUUUCAAAACAUCUGAGAGAAAUUAUACCUAAAGAACAACUUGAAAAAUAGCAGUGUUGAGUUUCACGGAGAAUAGCGUGAAAGAUGGUGAAAUGCCUCCAGAGUUCUUAGUGGCUUCAAGAAAUGAGCUCUUCAAACUUAAGUUGAAAAGUUCUAAUGGCAUGAGUUUUAAAAACGUCUGCUUACUGUAACAUUGCAGCUUUGUUGCACACAUGAACCAUUCAUGAAAUUACAAGUCGUACUAAAAUAGUGAUUUAGGGUAUCACUGCUUGCCUAUACUUUAACAGGCUUCAGUUCCGUAUGUUGUAAUGUAAUCAGGAAUGUUCAGUAAUAGCUUUCUAAAUGGAAUGUUGAAUGUCUUUAAUAUGUGCUGAUGUUUAGUCGUGUCAUGUUUGUGUUGAGCUAUGUAUUAUGCUGGGCUUUCCUACCGUCCAAAGUCUUAAAAACGCUCAUGAAAUCUAGAAUCAAAGCUGCCACAGACUCAGUGUGGGUCCAUGUGAAUAAUAAACUACUGACAAUUUUAAUAAUAUUUCGAAGCAUGUUCUGGUAAACAAUUAUUCAAUAUUCAUAAAAAUUAUUUUCCCAAGGAUCUGAAAACUUAUUCAUCCUCAAUGUCAAGGAUUUUGAUCAAGACCAACUUGUAAAAUGCAACUUUCAAAAGGCAACAUUUUUAAAAAAAUGGAUUAAUUCAACGCACGGCCGAUGAUCGUGUGCUGGGUUUUACAGUUUCCAGUAGGAUACAGGCCUGAAUGAGGAAGUGUGCAUUGUGUCUCUCUGGCCCCUCUCUUGUCAGCAUGUUGAAUCCGGUGUCAACUAACCAAGUUGUGGCUGGCUGUGUUGAAAAAGAGGGCACUAUGCCUCAUUGUUUAACAAUUUAGAAAGAGGUUAAGCCAAGAAGUUAGUCAGACAAAUCAUGUGGGCAGUUCCCUCAUCCCCUCUUGCUUAUGUAAAACACGUUCAUCCAUUGCAGCCACCAAUUUAAAGGCGCUCCUUCUCCUCACACUUUGCAUGAGUAAUAUGCCAGACUAUAACAACUUAAGAAACAAAGUCUGCUAAUAGCCAAAUGCUGUCACCUUCAAAAGUAGCCUGUGCUGCUACAUGCCCUUAUGGCCCCUUUUUCAUCCACCCAUGCACUGUCUCCUCUUACUUGGUGGUACUGCCUCGUAAUGUAUUUACCAUGUGACUAGGGAAAAAUAGAGUGGGCAAUAAAACAUUACAGUCGAUCAGUUUAUUAACAAACUCAACAGGUUGUUAACUGGUUAUUUGAAAAGAGCAGUGUUCUUCAGGUUCUGGCACCAACUUGCCUUCCAUGUUAUUGGAGUCUGGCUGGGUGACAUUGGAUAGCUGACCCAAUGUCAUCGCAUCAAAUUUUACAUUUGUACAUUUGGUGUGGUGGAGGUGGGGAUUGUGAGCUGUCCGAUUUCUGACAGGAAAAUUCAGUCCAUUGGCUUCUCUCCACAAUCUUCACACAUUAGCAGUUCAUGUUUUACUGAGGCCUGUUGGGAAUGCAUUUUACUAACAACUCUGCUGUUAAAGCUGGCGAGUAUCAGAAAUGGUUUCUGAAGAAAAUAUUUCACUAUAUCUAGCUGUAAUAAUUUUAAUCUAUGUCAAAGAUCGUCACGUCUAGAGCAGUAGUUUUAGAGACGUGAUAAAGACCCAGACUCUCAGACUGGAACCCUUACAAAAGACUGCUAACAGUGGGUUAAAAUAUCAUUCUGAUUGUGUGAUUACAUGACCAUUUAUAUGAUAUUCUUUGUAAUAACAUGAAGGUUUAGAUUACAGUGAGUUAUUUUAAGAUGAGAUGUGAUGGGAAAGUGUCCUUCAUACUUUAUGAAAAUAUAUUUUGUAAGAGGGACAACACAACACGAGGGCUAUUUAUUUACCACUGAUAAUAAAGCAACUCUCAGGGAUUCAACUCUUUAAUGUAUUAGAUUCACAUAGUUGAAGGUAAUAUUAUUUUUAAAUUCUUUUUUAUUUUGCUUCCUACACAAUAUACUUUAUGCUAAAUUACAUAACAAUGGUUGUUUAAUUUGAAAGUUUCAGUUCUGUACUUGUAUAACAGAACUAUUUAAUUACACAACUGCAAGUGUGCUGUCAAUGUCGUGGUAAGCAAUAUGUAUUUGUAACAAUUAACUGGCAAAGCAGUUAAUUACUGCUGCACUAUUGUUUGAAUAUAAGGCACAAAUAUAUAACAUAACGGUAAAUGGGGUUUGGUUAGCCCAUUUGGCUGGGCAACUGGUUUGUGAUGCCAACAGGGUGGGUGCAAAUCCUGCACUGGCUGAGGAUACCAUAGAGGACUCUUCAUCUCAACUUCUCCCUUUGCCUGAGGUGUGGUCACCCUCUGUUUAAACUACCACCAUGUGUCUCUAAUGAGACAACAGCCCUGUUGUUUGGUAGGACUUACUUUUAAUGGUAAAUACAAGUUAUUUAGGGAGAUUUGUUUAACAAUGAGCAGUGUGUAGGUGAGGGGUUUCAAUUUGAUGAAAAUGUGAGGAUGUGCAUACAGUGAUUGUAACUAAGUGAGCCAGGUGGACCUCUUAGAAAAUGAGUUCCCUGACUGGAACUGUUAAUCUGGAUCAAUUAGGGACCCCUGGCUGACAGAUAAGAACAGGAGAGACACAGACUGUGAGGGAGCUGAAUCAGUGUCAAGAACUCUCCACAGUUAAGUAAAGGGUGACUUGAUGAUGGGAUACCAGUGUUUGUGGAGUUAUUUCAGUGCAGAAGCAAUUUUGUUCCACCUAUUUCCUUAUUGAACUCUGGUGUGAUUAUUUGCAUAUGUGUGAACCUCGCAAGAGAGGCUAAUAGCAAUUUCAAAUUUUCAAUGACAUUUUAACUGACAUUCAAAAUUAUUUGUAAAACUUUCUAAAACAUGCCUUUGAAGCCAAAGUGGCUACAGAAUGGCAAUACAUGUGACCCAUGAAAAGACAAACAUAUAGCAUUAAUAAAUGCCUAGUGUUCAAGCUGCAUCCUUACCUCCCAUUAUGACUGAGAUUACUCAUGGCGAGUGGCUAACUUGUGCACUCUCCAGGAAUUGAGACUUUAGAUCAGAAUGGGCAGCACAGUGGCUCAGUCGCACCUCAGAUGAGGAACAAGAUGACCAUCAUCAUCAUCAGCAGCAGUAUUUGUCUGUUCUAGAGAGUCCUACAGGUGGGCAACAGAGCAGGGAACAAUGCAGAGGAGAGCAGUAGAAAGGCACUGCUAGUAUAACAGAGUAUACAUUCAGAUGCCCAGUUUCCUUGACCUUUCAGAAGACCAAUAUUUCUGGAGGUUUGGGAUGCUGUAUCAGGUAUUCGAGAGGAGACCACCACCUGCAACAAUUUUACAUUUGAGCCCUUCCAGGGCACUAAUGGAAGCACGUUUAUGAUUUCCCAUGAAUAAAAAUGGCAGACUAGUGAUUGAUGGUUUUCCUUCAUUCACAAUGUCAUGAAUAUUUGCCCACAGUGGAUGAAUGAGUGGGCUUUCUGCUGUGUGUGUCUGGAUGGUUUCUCACAUUGCCGAAUACCAUUGACCCCACACACAUGGUACUCUGUACAGCCCUACCAACCAGGAAUAUCUAUCAACUGCCAAUGAUUCCACUCUGUUAAUGCUUAGCUUGUGUGCUGUGUACAGCUGUGAGUGACAACCAGUGAAGAUGGAUACACAGUGUAAAGACAGGCUUAUGACAGCAUGUGUCAUUGAACAAGCAAUCCAAACAGUUAGCAUGCUGUUCAGGUGCCUGGGCAGAUCUGCAGGGCAUCAGAAUUUGUGAACCACAGUGCCUAGAAUGAUCAUAAUGUGCUGUACUCAAUCUCUAGCAGUGAGGAUUUGCAGUGACAGGAGAAACAAGGAGCAGAGGACAAACCAUCUGCAGUUGACUCCCCUGAAGAGGUGCAGGAACAGGAGGAAGAUGGUGAACUGAAAGCAGCACCAGCUGCUCACCUUGUUUCCUGGGAUGUUACGGACUCUGUUAAUGGCUGAUGUUCAUUACCAUUGUACUGGUAUACAGAUGACAUGCAUGGUCAUUGUUCUCAACUCCUUCCACUCCCACACUCCCCGAACACCAACCUGUUCCAUCGAUUCAAAGCACUUCUGUGAAGAAUCAGCCAUGCAUUUCACACCCUUCCCAUUGGUCCUCGAAUUCACCAACAAACAACUGAAAAAAUGUGAGUUGCCACCUGACAACUAACAAUUCCAACAGGGAAAGGUGAUGCAAACUAUUUUAUAGCAUUGUACGAAACAACAAAAAAUUAAUAAUAUAAAAUGUUCUAAAAAAAGCACAAAUUAUAUAGUUUUGCUCUCCCCUUUCCUAUUGUUCCCACAACAUAAAACCCUUAUGCCUUUGGUGGUGUAUAGUCCAUCUGCUAAGGUCCUGGCUGUAAUAGUUGAGAAGCUCUUAGCCAACAAUGUUGAAAUCUGUGGGGGGUCCCACUUAAAGUUUAUUCACCAGUGCCUAGAAGUGGAAGACAUUGUCUUGGAUGUUCAGUGUCUCAUUAAGCUGUAGCAAAGUUCUGUUGUUCUUAUGUAGUAAGAAAGUGUUUGGGGCGAGCGGAAGGAGUGAUCGUUGCAGAGAUGGGGGAUAUGAAAUUGGAACUCUGUUCAAUUCUCACCCAUUGCCAUUCCCUUCAGUAGGAGGUGCUGCCUCAUAUCCCGAUGUCACAUGCCUUCAACCAUAUAUUCCAGGGUAACAUUUCCAAAGUAUCAUCGGCUGGCUGUGAUUCAAAGUGUGAAUGUCUCAAGAAGGUUUGGCUGGCAAAUAAAUAUAUUGUGGCGUGUUCCUGGUGAACUUCAGACAUGUUCAUGAUGAACUGAGAGUGGUUGUGGACCAACUGAAGGUUCAUGGAGGAAACCCUGGUUCAGUUGUUGAAGACAUUCUUUGUGGUGUCAAGAUGCUUUGAUUGUCACUUGUGUUUCAAGACUCCCAUGAUUCAUGGAAAACCAGCCAGAAUAGCAAAAUAAAGCACUCGCUCAUCUAACAGUCUUCAUAAGAAACAAAGUUCACAAGGAUGACAUCCAUUGCGUGCAAGGUACAUCUGUGGGCAGCAGUUUGUGAGGCUCAAACAAUAUUACUAGGAGUUCUCUGAAAAGAGGCAGAGGUAAAAUUGAAGUGACCUUUUACUGGCACUGUCCAUGAGUUCCUAUCUGGUUCAUUUGGUGCAAGACACUUGAUGGACAAGCCUGGGUUACUAGUGCUCAGUUACUUUAGGAAGACCUUUGCCUGUGUGCACUAACUUGGGAUAUUCCGUCCUGUGAGCAACAUUUCCAUUUUCAUCUCAUCUCUCCGACAAUGUGGAAGGUGAGUUGAGGAAAACGCAGCUGUUAUUGUUCUCUGUCUGAGAUCCAGUGUAGAAUGGUUGUGCUGAUCUGAGCAUUGGUGGCUGGGAAGUGCUGGUCAAAAGUGGAAAAAAAAGUUCAAAAUAAUGAAAAUGUUUGCAAAGUAAUGGAAGUCACCACCAAAGCAGCAGAAGCACGCUCUCAGAGUAACCUGUGUGCAAAAGCCUUUCAUCUGAGUAAGGAAGCAGCUGCUAAAUCUCUGUUGUACCUUAGGAAAAUUACCGCAUAGAAAGUGACCAUUCAGGCCAUUGUGUCUGCAUUGCAUGAAUAAACUAAUGGCCCAUUCUAACGUGAUUCAAGCAUUUCUUCUCAGUCUCUUUUUCCUGGAGAGUUCCAGUAAGUGCACACUCUGUUAAAUUCAGGAUUCUCUGUUGAAAGAGAAGCUAAUGUGAACAUCAUUUGUUUAAGUGGCACAUGUAGGGAUUUCCCAUUUGCUGCAGAUUGUGCUUAGCUAAAGGAUGGAAGUCAAUUCAUUUCUGUCAGCUUCUUGACACCAUUUGUUUGCAACUGUUUUCACCUGUCAGUCACAGAGGAAGCUACCCGCUUUACCACAUUGAAAUUCCAAAAUGACUGUCAUUCAGUUUCCAGUGAUCUUUUAGACUUUUUUAAUAUACAAUUUAACAUGGAUAAAACCCUACCCCAAAACCAGCCAUGGGCCAGGUUGAGAGCUAAAUUGUGUUUAUUUUCAUAGUGCACAGUCAGUAAACAAUGGAUUUUUAAAGUUUUCAGAUCAAGAAACAUUUAUUUUGCUAAUGUACACUUAGCUUGGUGAUUUUAUAUCUGUUUAUUCAGAGGCAGAGGGCUUACUUUUGUUAAGGUUACUUAUUUUAUCUUGUUUCAACAAAAAUACCUGGGAGUACAUGUUUGCCAAUGAGAAAAGAAACACAGCUAGACUCUAUUAGGCUGUCUGUCUAUACAAAUUCAUUGAAGAUUCUAGGUUUGUGAUUCAGCUAAUGAACUUUAAGUGAAAGUUUGAAAUAUAAUCAAGCCAGCAUAAUUUCAAAUGCAUCUUGAAUGCAAAUUCCCAAGAAUAGAAGUUUUUAAAAAAAGUUCAUUUUUUAAAAAAUCUGAAUGCCAGUGAUGUAAUCAGAGAACUGGAUAAUUACAUAGAAGUUCAGCAGCAAAGAUAGCUGAACCAGCAGACAAUAUUCAUCCUCAGCACUAGGUACUGUUCACAUUUCAGCUGUGAAGUCAACUUCAUUUCCUGACAUUGUCAAGAAUUUAAAGCCAACACCAGGCUAAUAUUUUCAGAACAUGGGUUCAAAUCCUACGAUGGCAGAUGCUUUAAAUAAUUCAAAUAAAUUUGAAUUCAGUAAGGGCCUGGAAUAAAAAGCUAGCUUAAUGGCAACCAUGUGGCUACUGUUAAUUGUCUUGUAAACCCAUCUUGUUCAUUAAUGUCCUUUAGCGAAAUAAAUACUUGGUGUUGCCUACAUGUGACUCCAAAUGUACAGGAAUGUGGUUGACUCUUACCUGCUCAGUCAGUAAUUGGGGAUGGGCAGUAAGUGCUGGCCUAGUUAGUGAUGCCCACAUUGUAUGAAUGAAAACAUUUUCUAAAACUUUCUAUUUACUAGUUAAAUAUUAAUGUUUUCCUCAAAGCUAUGUACAGGAAAUUUCCUUGCAACUGCCCUCACUACACUAUCGCGUUGUUUCAAAGUCGACAAGCACAAUUUGCACAUGCAUUGAUUGAAUUUCCAUCUGAUUUCCACUGAAACUUGAGGAAUUUCUGACUAUUGGUAUUUUAAGCUAUAAAUUUUAAACACAUUCUCACUUGAGAAAGUGAACUUUUUCCGAUACAAUUAAGAAUUGGGGCUUUUUAAAAAAAAAAAUUUAACUUAAGAAUGGACUAUAAUAAAUAACAAAAUCAUCGAGUUCUCCCUCAAUCGAAUUUAUUAUUUUGGACUAUUUACGUUCAGUCAUUAUGUAAAUAGAAAUUGUGUUUUUUCUUUUUCUAAAAAAAAUGCUAUUUGUAGUAAUAAAAUAAUACCACUAAAUUGGAAAAGUGAAUGUUUUUUUAUGCUAUCCCACAGCACAUUCUUUCCCUACACCCCUCGCCUGACUCACCAGCAUCCCAGUGCCAAAUGGAUGCAGCAUCUCCUGUAAAUACUUCAUUGAUUUCAUUCUAAAUGUGUCCAGUUUUUAUUACACCAAGCCAUUUUGCAGUGCUCCUUUGUGCCCCAAAAUAUGUCAUUGCACUGUCUAGGUCAAAUAAGAGUGAAUAAUACAUCCAGCUUCAGGACUGACUGGUGACCACAGAGCUUUCUACCUGGUGUGGCAGAAAGCAUGGCCUCAAAAAUAAUGUAGGUGACUUACAUUUACAGUCCUCUGUAUUUCAUUAACCCCCUCAGAUCCUUCAAUGUGAAGGGUUUGGACGCAAGGUCUAAAAAACAAUUUUUUUUCCCGUAUGCAAACAUCCUUGCUGCAGAAAUGGAGGAAACCGGGGUGUGAGAGCUGGGUACAUUCUCUGCCACCACAUUGCCAUGAUCCCCAUCUAUUGUAGGUACAAAUGAAAGUGUGACUAUUAGAAGAACCCCUGGGAAUUGCCGGACAAUGUGAAGAGAAUAGAAACUGGUGUUAUGGGCCUCUGCUACUUCACUCCUGCUGAAUAGUUAUCUGAUAUAGCACAGUACAUAAGAGUAACAAAGCGCACUAUCGAAUAGUAGUAGAUGUGAAUUGACCUAAUUGACCAGUCACUUUAAUCCUGUUACCAGUUACCAUCAUAUUACCUAGGAGUCAAAAUACUUCACAAAAAGGAAAGGAAUAGGGAUUGGGCUGAAAUUGUUGUCUCCGUCUGCCAUGGAUUGAGAGAUCAAGCUAGAUCAACACCCAUAUCACAACCCACAUAGGUUGUGAAAGGACAGGAAAAAGAGAAAGUAAGGUAUAAAAAAAUUCUUAACUCACUCUCCGCCAAAAUUAUUUGCAACUAAAGUGAAAGCAUGACUGACACUAUUCAUGAGUUUACUCUGAUUUAUGAAAAAAUGAAAAAAUCAUUGCCACUUUGCUUUAUGAAGACAGUACCUCUUUAGUCUGAAUAUUUUCUUGAUACUUGUCAAAGUCAAAAUAAUCUGUCAUCUUUCUUACUGUUUAAUUAAAUAAGUAUCUUGACUUUCACAAUACAAUUCAAGGAUGUACGAAAAUUUCUAGUUGUUUCAGCAGGCUUUGAAUCCUGGUCCAGAUUAAGAAACUGACAUUUUCUGCUUUAAACUACAUGUCACAUUAUUCAAUAAGUCUCCACUUUGUAAUUCCAAAAGUAAUUUCUUUUAAGCCUGUUUAUUAAGUGCUGUGGUCUCGGAACGGAACCUUUUAAAACCUAAACUGCUAAAUUUUGCAUUUGUGACUAAAAAGUCAUAACGCCUCCAGUGUUCCUGUGUUGAUUGUGUUCUGAGGUAUUGUCAUGUUUAGGUACUUCUACUUUGGUCUGUGCUGAAAUAAACCCUAGGUUAAAUAUUUUGGUAACUGUUAGAAAUAUAUCUUGCCAAGUGUCUGUUUAGAAUGUCAUGUAACAUAUUGUUUUAUUUUAAUGUAUUGUUGAAUGUAUAAAAAAAGAAACCUUCAAACUGCAUUUUAUGAUUGAGUAAAAUAAAAAUUUCAAAGUACUGUAGGGUGAGACUUCCAAAGCAAAACCUUUAGAAUGUCAAUUUAAAGCAAGCUGGACUGAAUUGUGGUGUUUUGGUCAUUAAAUGUCAAGUAUGAUCAUAUACAUGCUUUUAUAUUUUUAUUGUUAAAUGUGCUAAGUGUUAAGUUGUAGACAUCUACACUGUGAAACUUGUUUAAACUUAUCUAUUUUUGAUUAUCUUUGAUUCAGUAGAAUUGAGAUAUUCCAAAUUAAUCCAUUAGCACAAGGGACGAUGUUCAAGGAGGAUUUAGAGAACAUAGUGAAUGUCCAUUCCCUGUGUCAACAUUGCCCUCCAUUGACAGUGCAAAUUGUAAAGAAUAUCAUUUUGUUAUUUAUCAUGUACAUGAUAAGAAGUGCAAACUACUGAUUGUUUCAGCAUGGAUUAGUGGCAUGAACUUUAUCCUGCUUCAAUCUGUUCAUUUUGUUAAUGAGUGAACCUGGCUCAACACAAUACCACAAUAGUCUCUGGCAAUUUAAUACAAUAUUGAUUUUAGUUAAUGCAUCUCAGAAUGUCGGAUUCUAUAAGUUUAAAAAAAAUUAAAAUGCAUGGCUUGGAAGAUUGUGCAAGACCGUUUCUAUAUAAAAAUAUAAGUUGAAUUGUACUAAUCAAAGCAUGAGAUUGUAUAGCAAAUUUGAUCUCUGCAAAUAAAUAAAUA